UCGUGAUGCAAAACAUCACAUACACGGUGAAAAUUUGUUGUUGUUGAUUUUAAUUUGAUGUUGUGUUCUACAGCACGUGUAUUUUAUGUAAAUAUUCGCCGCCUUAAUAUUUUUUCCAUAACAAUGAAAUCUGCAGCUUCUUCUACAGUGGAAGGUAGUGCCCAGAUGGAUAAACCGCAAGAAUUCGAUAAGCUUAUAUGUAUUGAUAAGACACCUUAUACUAUCGUAACUGAAGGUAAAGCAGAAGUUUUAUUUCCAAGCUCUCAUGACGUAUUUUACAAUCCUGUCCAAGAAUUUAAUCGGGACUUAAGUAUUGCAAUUUUGAAGCAGUUUAUCAAUGAAACCAUAAAAGAAGAAGAUUCUAAAAAGGCUUCAAAGAGCAAUUCAGAUGGUGAUUUGCCAGAGAUAAAAGUUUUAGAAGCUCUAGCUGCAUCUGGUCUUCGAUCAAUACGUUUUGCAAAAGAAGUACCAAAUGUAACAAAAAUUGUAGCUAAUGAUAGGGCUACAGAGGCAUAUUUAAGUAUUCAGAGGAAUAUUAAACAUAAUAAAGUUGAAAAUAUUAUUGAAGCAUGCAAUGAAGAUGCUUCGUUGGUUAUGUAUAAGAAUCGGCAAUAUAAAAACAGAUUUGCUGUAGUGGACCUUGAUCCUUAUGGAACUGCUGCACCAUUUUUAGAUGCUGCUGUUCAGUGUGUCUCAGAAGGAGGCCUUUUGAUGAUAACAUGUACAGACAUGGCUAUUUUAUGUGGGAAUGGCUCUGAAGCUUGCCAUGCAAAGUAUGGGGCAGUUUCUAUGAAAACUGGCAAUUGCCAUGAGAUGGCACUGAGAAUUGUUCUCCAAUCAAUUGAAUCACAUGCUAACAGAUAUGGAAGAUACAUCGAGCCAGUUUUAUCCUUGAGUGUGGAUUUCUAUGUCAGAGUUUUUGUCAGAGUUUAUACCAGCCCAAUUAUUGUAAAACAAAGUGUGUGCAAAUUGGCUAUGGUCUAUGUUUGUUCCGAAUGUGGAUCAUUUCACCUGCAGCAACUUGGUAACAGAGUGAAAACUGAAAAGGGAGAAAAAUAUUCUGCUGGCGUUGGACCCCCAGUUAAUAUGAAAUGCAGCAUCUGUGAUGGAUCACAUAAAGUUGGUGGGCCCAUUUGGGCAGAAAAGCUACAUAACAAAGAGUUCAUCCAGAAGACCAUACAACUAGUUGAUGGGGAAAAGGAAUGUUACAAUACUUCUAAAAGAAUGUUAGGAAUGUUAAAUGUUAUCUUAGAGGAAUUAGAUGACUGUCCUUUAUUCCACAGAAUUGAGAAACUGUCUAGUAUCCUUCAUGUUUCUACUCCAACCAAUAAACAGAUGAGAUCGGCAGUAUUAAAUGCUGGAUAUAGAGUAUCCAUGUCUCAUACAGUUCCCACCUCAAUCAAAACUGAUGCUCCUCAAGAAGUCAUCUGGAGUAUUAUUAAAACUUGGGCAAGGCAAAAUCCCGGGAAAAAAACUUUUGAAGAAAAUUUAUCAAAAAGAAUCAUGUCCAAGAAACCAAGCAUUGAUGUGUCUUUUGAACUUCAUCCAGAUGCAGAUCCCCAGUCACGCAGCAAUAAUUUGCUGCGUUUUCAGAUAAAUCCUGCUCCCAACUGGGGUCCUAAGUGCAGAGCAACGACUAGUUUAUUUAGUACCAAGCAAGAGGAGAAACGGAUCAACCGUCAAAACAAACGCCAGAGAAAAUCAGAAAAAAAUUCUAGUGAUGACAGUUCACCUAAAAAAGUAAAGUGAAGAGAGAACUUUCACAUGACGUCUCACCUUGUGGCACGUAACCAACGUCCCUUUUGGAUGAUUCUAUGUGUUUGGGCAGAAUGUUUGCCAAUGUUGCAUUCAAGUCAAACUAUAUAAAAUGUCAGUUGUCUGUACUAUAUAAAUGUUAUUAAA